AUGAGCUGGUUGCUGUGUUUCUUCGCGCUAUUCUCUUUUACUCUGGUCUCAUCUCCUAAACUUGGGUUUAAAGUGACCUGUGUCCCUCCGAUCAAGGUGGAUCUUCACAGUCACGCCACUUUCAGAUGUUGUGUGAACCCACCGCAGAAUCUGACCUCAGAGUUUGUGAAGUGGAGUGUAGAAGUGAAGACAGGAGAAAAGAUAGUUUACCUCAGGGAUAUGGGAGUGGAUUAUCAGGAUCAACAUCUAGAUUACAAAGGCCGAACAGAAAUUGUAGAGGAGGAUUUGGAAAGAGGAAACAUCUCUCUGAUCAUCCACAACGUAACUGAAGCUGAUACAGCAGUGUAUCACCUAACUGUGAAGAUCGAGGACCAGACCCAGAACCAGACCCAGACCCAGCAGUCUAAUGUGACCCUCACUGUGAUAACAAAGGGCCACGACAUGGGGCAAGGCGACAAGGACCACAAAGGUCCAGACGUCCUUGAACCAUGGGAGAAAGCUUUGAUUGGGAUUGGGAUUGUGAUUGUGAUUGGGAUUGGAGCUGUGUGUUGGUUUGUCAAACGCAGGAGAAGCAUUCCACCACAAGUACCCAAUCACGAGUUAGAGCCACUCAACCGAGAUCAGCAAGCGACCAAUCAGGAAGAAGAGCCACUUGACCAAGAUCAGCAAGCGACCAAUCAGGAGGAAGAGCCACUUGACCAAGAUCAGCAAGCGACCAAUCAGGAAGAAGAGCCACUCAACCGAGAUCAGCAAGCGACCAAUCAGGAGGAAGAGCCACUUGACCAAGAUCAACAAGUGACCAAUUAG